AUGCCGCAGCUGGGCAGCGGCGGCGGGGACGACCUGGGCGCCACGGACGAGAUGCUGGCCUUCAAGGACGAGGGCGAGCAGGAGGAGAAGAUCCCCGAGAACGCUUUCACCGAGCGCGACCUGGCCGACCUCAAGUCCUCGCUGGUGAACGAGUCCGAGGGCAGCGGCAGCCCGGCCGCCGCCGCCGCCGACCCCGAGGCCCUCCGGCGAGUGCAGGAUCCGCAGAGAGUUUACCAGGAGAAGCUCCCGGACCACAUGGAUGAUGCAGGUAUGAAACAUCAGGACCCAGGGAUGUAUAAAGGAUCUGCAUAUUCCGGCUACCCUUUCCUGAUGCUCUCAGAUCCGUAUCUGCCCAAUGGAUCUAUGUCACCUCUGUCCAACAAAGUUCCCGUCGUGCAGCCGUCCCACGGAGUCCACCCGCUCACCCCGCUCAUCCCGUACAGCAACGACCAUUUCAGCCACGGCUCCCACUCGCCCCACCUGCCCGCUGACAUCAACCAGAAACAAGGAGUGCACCGUCCUUCCCAGACGUCAGACAUCCCUGGUUUCUACCCCCUGCCCCCCGGAGGAGUGGGACAGAUCACGCCCUCGAUGGGAUGGCAGAGCCAGUCUGUCUAUCCGCUCCCGUCAUGUGGAUUUAGACAGCCGUACUCGUCCGCGCUUUCUGCCGGGGCUUCUUUCUCCAGGUUCACCCACCCGCUGAUGCUGGGCUCUGGCAUGCACACCACCGGCAUCCCGCACCCCGCCAUCGUGCCCCACUCCGGCAAGCAGGACAUGGAGCACUAUGACCGAAACAUGAAACCUCAACCAGAACCAAAGAGAGAGAAGGAAGCCAAGAAGCCCACUAUCAAGAAGCCCCUGAACGCUUUCAUGUUGUAUAUGAAAGAAAUGCGGGCGAAAGUCAUCGCCGAGUGCACCCUGAAGGAGAGCGCUGCCAUCAACCAGAUCCUGGGAAGGAGGUGGCACGCGCUGUCCCGGGAGGAACAGGCCAAGUACUACGAACUGGCUCGCAAGGAACGGCAGCUCCACAUGCAGCUCUACCCUGGCUGGUCUGCCAGAGACAACUACGGGAAAAAGAAGAGACGAACACGGGAAAAGCAGCAAGAUUCCAACUCAGGAGGAAAAAGAAGUGCAUUCGGUACCUACAAGGAGAAGGACGCUGUGCCAGCCCAGUUUCUUCCGAUGGAAGUGCUAUAGACUCGCCUCCAUCCCCUCCGGACGCACUCCGAUGCCUCCCCUCCGCCUUCCCGUCAGAGCAGCUCGCUAGCCCCCGCCAAACCCGC